GCAUGCAGAGUCUGUCUACGUUCUUUUAGGUCAGCAAAUGUGGCUUUUCGCACUCUUGUGUCACAUGGCAUUGGCGGUCAGGCCAGUGCGCCAAGCAUGAGAUAUUAUUACUCUUGCCUGCCUUUCUUAUCGCCCAGACGCCCAGACAUCCAGCAUCCAAAAUGGAGACACAGUACCUCGACUCCGUGAACAAAGAGCUCCAAGAUAUCGAGCGCUUCUUCCAGGAGCUUUAUAAUUCUCAUCCAUCAAACCCGCCCGCAGCCUACGCCUCCAGCCUUCUCCCUCUUCUCAAAUUCGGCAGCUGCAAACCCUCACCGCGGAGCUCCAAUGCUCCCUCCACUAAUAGCUUCAUCAGAAGCGCGGUCGACGACACAGACGAAGACUACGCGGUGGCAGACCUCAGAGCCAGAUACCGGCAACUGAAGGCAGUCCAGGACCAGCUCCAUAUCGAACUGACUAGGUCUCGUAUCUGGGAAUGGAACAGACAACACGAGCAAGAGCGAAAGCCACGGUGCUCUGGUGCUUUUGCCGCUUCAAACGAACAAGUAGUAUUUGUGAAAGAUGCUCAGACCAACAUCUCGGAGGUGGCAAGGGCGGGAACUAGCCACAGAUUCUUUCUGUUCUGGCUGAUCAUUGGAGUCGUCAUUCUCCUAUCAUUCAUGGAAACUCCUGGCACCAAAGAGCCUUUCUCAAGAUCCUAUGCUUGGCCUCGACACUGAGGGAUUCCCAUGGCGUCCCUUCCCAUGCUGUCGAAAUAAUAAAGCAAAGCAUGGCGAGCAACUUCGUACCCUGUUGCACGUAUUCACGCGCGCCAGUUUAGUCUUGACAUUAAGCAAAUAAGGUUGAGGAUAGGACUAUGAUUGAUAUACAGUAUAUUAAACCCUCCGUACACAGCGUUGUGAUAAA